CGCUAUAGUUUGCUCUUCGUUCUAUAGUAAGAUAGGGAGGAAAGCUUAUAUGAUACAUUAUUAUUCUGCGUAGCUGAAGUGGAUCUUCAUGGUAGAUAUAUUGGAUAUUUCCAUAUCUAUAUUCUACAUAUUAUUUUGUUUGCAUUUUCUUGUGUAUUAUGGUAAUAAUGCUCUUUAUUCUGAUAAGAAAUGAGUCAUGCAUGUGUUGAACUUGUUAGUAACUCUCUAAACUGAUAUUUUCUGUGUAUGUCUGUUUUUCCAUCCAUGUACUGUAAUUUACAUGUUUAUAUCUUUUUUUUAAAAACAUUUUAGAAUUUGUCAGGAUAGCUCCUUAUAAACAAUGUUUUUUCUUACAGAGAUCCUAUUCAUUAUAUGGUUUUUCUAUUCAAUAAAAUUACUUUCAAUUAUCAAAUGUUUUGUCCAUAUUAUGUAAUAGAGCACUAAGGACUUAUUAUAUGGCUAUAAUGGUGUUGUCAAGGAUACAACUACUUGUAAUCAAGUCCUUCAUAGUCCAAAAGUCCUGAUUCCCAGUAUUGUACAGUCUAUGGUCAUGACAAACAGAUGACAGAAUUGAAUUUUGAAUUCCAGAGAUUUUAAGAUUGUUUUGUUGUAUAUUUUAUCCCACAAAAUGCGUUAUCAUAGAAGUCACAUUUGGAUGGUAGAACAGACUGUUCACUACAGACUGUGAAUGUAUAUUUUGUGGAUGUUUGUAAAGAAGACGGUGAGCUAAAAUGACCCUUCUCUCCCAUUAGGCCCAGUGAGGACGUGCCUGCCAGAGUUAAAGCUACAAAAAUGAAGGAUCAUAUUUACCAGAAAAAGGUCACUUCUCUACAGGACGACACUGACAAAGAAUAUUGGCAAACAAAACCAGACAGAGAAGAAAAAGGUAAGUGUCCCAUUUCUUCCUGUUAUACCACAAAUACCAUAAUGUUAACAUGAUUAUGCCCCAGUAAGAGUUGGAAUCAUAUUGCAAAUCUCUUCCUAAAGUUUCAAUUUAACUUUGGCCUUUCUUUUUGAACAGGGAAUGAAAAAGGGUAAGUGUCUGUUUUUGAUUGGAAUUGAAAUAACAGUAGGCCUAUGCUUCUUUUUUCUUCUUCUUUUUAACUUUUCAAAUAACAACAUUUUAUUCAUACUCAAGUCAAACUCCAUUCCGUUCAUUGCAUUAUUGCCCUCAUUCACAGAUGAAUGAACCUCACAAACGAAAUUUGACCAUAUCACAGACCAUUUGUUAUUUAUUUUUUAUAACACGGGUACUUUUCAACAAAACUCUUCUAAUUGUAACUUGGUUCUUCUUAGCAUAAUAUCUAUCAUAAAGCUAUACACUUCUAUCAUCAUGAAAGUAUCAUAUAAACUUCAAUCAUCACCAUGCAAGAGCUUUUCUCAUUUGAUAGUUUUGAUUGCAGAGAUGGAAAGAAAAAACAAAAGCUCUUGGACGUUGGAUUCUUUCAACUGGUAUUUAUUUUGUACCCUUAAGAUAUUAUUAAUUAUUAUUACUUGUGAUUAAUAAUGAUGUUUUUUUGCUAUGAUUGCACAAUAUUAUGUUUCCUUUUAUUUGAAAAGGAAUGUAACCUAUCUAUUUGAUCCAGUUUCGAUUUGCAACAUGGAAGGACAGACUGAUGAUGGUAGUCGGGGGCUUAUGUGCUCUAGUCCACGGAGCAGCCUCCCCUCUCAUGCUCCUGGUGUACGGCAUGAUGACAAACACCUUUGUGGCAUACGAGCUAGAGGUCCAAGAACUGGCAGACCCCAACAAAACCUGCAUUAACAACACCAUCACCUGGAGCAAUGGCUCCAUAUUUGAAAUAGCAGAGAACACAACAGUCUUCUGUGGGUGAGUUGACACUUUCCUAUUAAAGACUAUAUUUUACUCCUGCGUCAAGGUUUUCUAUUUUGAUCUAUUCAUAUUACUGUCCAUGCUGAUGCUGAAGUUCCUGAUUAGAAUGGAAUGGGUUAUGGAUCAUAAAAUGUUCAUAAAAAUAUAUAUAGCUAAGCAUAAUUUUUUUUUACAGGGUGGAUAUCGAAGCACAGAUGACCAUGUUUGCAUAUUACUAUGUUGGUAUUGGAUUAGGAGUCUUGAUUGUUAGUUAUUUCCAAGUAAGUGGGUUCAACUUCAUGCUCAAAGUGCUUUCUCUCCACUGAGUUUUGCAACCUUCUUAAUAGGUUAAUCCAUCUAUAACUGGUAUUUGAAUAACUGUAUUCAAUCCUGCUCUGUGUAGAUUGCCCUCUGGGUGUCUGCUGCUGCCAGACAGAUCCAGAGAAUCAGGAAGACUUACUUUAGGAAGGUCAUGCGAAUGGAGAUUGGCUGGUUUGACUGCAAUUCAGUUGGAGAAUUAAACACCAGGAUAUCAGAGUAAGACCUAAACCCAUGGGUUCUUUUCAACAGAGAUGUGUGAAUGAUUGAGGGCAUGUUUGGAGGAUGUUUCUAUAAAUAACCCUUACAUUUUGGGUUUGACCCAUUCUAAUCGGACCACAACAACUGUGUGAUUGAACUUGUUCUCUCACCUCAGCGACAUCAACAAGAUCAACAAUGCGAUAGCUGACCAGGUGUCUAUCUUCAUCGAGAGGAUCUCCACUUUUAUCUUCGGCUUUAUGGUGGGGUUCAUUGGAGGAUGGAAGUUGACUCUGGUGGUCAUUGCAGUAAGCCCACUAAUAGGAAUUGCUGCUGGACUAAUGGCCAUGGUGAGAUGGGUUGAAUUCAAUGUAUUAAAUUACUUUAUUUGGUGAUGGUCACUCAUUCUGUUGUAACAGCCUCUGAGUCUGUUAGUGAGGUAGUCUCACACCACCUCUGUAUUCUCUGUGAUGUUUAAAAUGUACUACAGAUAAACCAGACAAACCAGUCUGGUUUGAAUGUGAGAAUGUUGUUAAGUCAUCUCCACUCAUUCACUCUUCAGGCUGUUGCCAGACUGACAGGUCGGGAGCUCCAGGCCUAUGCCAAGGCAGGGGCGGUAGCUGAUGAGGUACUGUCAUCCAUCAGAACAGUGGCAGCCUUUGGAGGGGAGGACAAGGAGGCUGAAAGGUAACUUGAAAUACUGUACAGAUGUAGGAUCUUAAUUUGAUUACCCUGUUGUUGCAGAAAAUGUGCUGCACAGCAGGAAAUACUAACUUGUAGUGUAUUGAAGGUUUCAAAAAGUAAUUUCCACUUUAAAAUGUCAGACUUGAUUUGCCUUAACUAUCAACCCCUACAAAAACUUCCAUUAAUUAUAAUCCACACAAUAAUUCACAUUUCCUGUUGCUGUAGGAUUAUUUUCCUGCUGUGAGAAACUGGUCAAAUUAACCUUCCCUUCCCUGCUGACUUCAAUGUCUUAGCGCUUGAAAUUAGUUAUAAAUAUGCAUUUCACAUUUGAACAGGUAUGACAAAAACCUUAUUGAGGCUCAGAACUGGGGUGUGAAAAAAGGGACAAUCAUUGGGAUGUUUCAAGGAUACCUGUGGUGUAUCAUCUUCCUCUGCUAUGCUUUGGCAUUCUGGUAUGGCUCAAAACUGGUCAUCGAAACCAAAGAGCUAUCCCCUGGUACUCUUAUCCAGGUAUGGCAACUCACAUAUUCAUAUAAUAUAUAUGUAUCCAAUACGUAAUAAUAGGAGUGGUGAAAAUGUAAGGAUGUGUUUGUAUUUUUGUCUCCAGGUAUUCUUUGGAGUUCUCAUGGCAGCUAUGAACCUGGGUCAGGCCUCACCCUGCCUGGAAGCCUUCGCCUCAGGUCGAGCUGCAGCCAAGACCAUCUUCGAUACCAUUGACCGGGUAAGGCCAGAAUUUUUGAAAAUAUAGGAACUAAGAACAAUUCAAUUUCAGUUCUGAAGUAUUUUAUAAAUCUGUUAACUUUCAGGAGCCAGAAAUCGAUUGUUUCUCAGAGGAGGGCCACAAAUUAGACAAGGUCAAGGGUGACAUUGAAUUCCACAACGUCACAUUUAACUACCCCUCUCGGCCAGAAGUGAAGGUAAACACUCUUCGCUCACUUUCUUUAACUUAAAAUCAUCCCCAAAAGAUAUCUCAAUGUACAACCACCACCUGUUUACUUAGAUUUUAGAUUCUUUGAGCAUGCUGAUCAGAGCAGGAGAAACCACAGCUUUUGUUGGGCCAAGCGGAUCAGGGAAGAGCACCACAGUUCAACUCUUUCAGAGAUUCUACAACCCCAAGGAAGGAAUGGUAAUAAGGCUCAGAAGAUACACCUAUGUUCACUAUCACAUUAUUACAGCAAUGUGGUUGGGACACUAAACGUAUGACUAAAGCCCAGCACAAGAUGUUAUUGUGUUUGAUGCACAUAUUGCUUCUAAUUUAUAGUUGACUUUGGAUGGCCAUGACAUCCGCAGCCUGAACAUCCAGUGGCUUCGCUCUCUGAUUGGUAUAGUAGAGCAAGAGCCGGUGCUGUUUGCCACAACUAUCGCUGACAACAUCCGCUACGGGCGACCUGGGGUCACCAUGGACGAUAUCAUCCAGGCCACCAAGGAGGCUAACGCCUAUAACUUCAUCAUGGACCUCCCACAGGUUCCACAGACACACCUUUAGCAAAUAAAUACGGUGGAUUACUCGGAUACUGUCUUAUACAAGAAACACAUUGAAAUGUCAAAAUGAGUAAAUGUUUGUCUGUCGUUAUACAGAGGUUUGAUACGCUGGUGGGUGAGGGUGGUGGUCAGAUGAGUGGAGGACAGAAGCAGAGGAUCGCUAUCGCCCGAGCUCUGAUCCGCAACCCCAGGAUCCUGCUGCUGGACAUGGCUACCUCGGCUCUGGACAACGAGAGUGAGGCCAUUGUACAGGAGGCACUUGACACGGUGGGUGACUCCAAGCACAACAUCUAUCAAUCAUUAUAUCACCACAAAGUCAGUGCUUUGAAUAUUUAUUCCAAUUUGACAUCAUGGUCUACCCAUGUUCUAAUGUUUACUUCAACUACAAAACGGAUCAUGUUUGUGAUUGAAUUUCUUUCCAUGUGCAGGCUCGGAUGGGCAGGACAACCAUUACCAUCGCCCACCGCCUUUCCACUAUCCGCAAUGCUGAUGUCAUUAUUGGCUUUGAGCACGGAAGGGCAGUGGAGAGCGGUACACACAAUGAUCUUCUAGAAAAGAAGGGUGUCUACUUUACUCUUGUUACCCUUCAGAACCAAGGAAAUGACAUGCCCAAUGACAAAGCAAACAUAGGUAGGUCUGACAUAAAGAGACAUUCAUAAUGAUUCAUUGUUCACUUUUGAUAUAGUCUAUUUGUAUGGAUAAAAAUAACAUAUUCAUUUUCAACUUUAGGUCCGGACAAUGAAACCAUUGAGGAAGAAAUCCUUCAGAGUUUCAGUCGAGGAAGCUAUGAAUCUGGGUUGAGGUAAAUCUAAUGGUCAUGUCAGAACAGGCGUAUGAUUAACAAUGAUUCAGCAAAGCUAAUUUGUAAAGCCUGUGUUAUUCACUCUUUCUCCUAAAGGCAAUCUCUUCGCCUGCGAUCUCACACCCAACUUUCAAACGAACUCAUCCCUGAUGCUAUAGCUGGCAGUAUCAAAAUUAAAUCAGACAAAUUCCUUGCCACAAUGGAAAACGACAUGGAACCUCAAAGAUCAAAGGUAUUGAGGUCAUUCUAUAAGCAGCCUUGUAUUAUCAGUUUUGUAUUAGUGUACUUUAGUCAAUUUUCCCUCCUCGUAAUUUCUGAGAGAAAUGAGUGUCCCUCAUACAGUAUAUUCCCACAGCAUUCCAAGGAGGAAGCAGAGGAACGUGUGGAGCCAGCACCAGUGGCUCGAAUCCUGAAGUACAACAAGUCAGAGUGGCCCUACAUGCUAUUGGGAUCUAUAGGAGCUGCAAUCAACGGCUCCGUCAAUCCAAUCUAUGCUAUUUUAUUCAGCCAGAUCCUUGGGGUGAGUGGCUAUGGAUUAUGUACAUAUCAAGCCAAUGUUUAUAAUCUAGUUUCAAAUUAAUUGGGCUGGUAGUAGUGAUACUUAUAGGUGUUGCUGUUCCCUGAAAUUAAUUUCAUUCCAUCCAUAUUGUUGUUUUGAUUUUCAGACGUUCUCUAUACGUGACUUGGAUGAACAGAGAGUGCAGAUCAAUGGAAUAUGUAUCCUGUUCUGCGCUGUGGCGGUGACAAGUUUCUUCUCUCAGUUCUUACAGGUAGAUAUAUUGUACAUCAAGCUGUUACAGUCCGUAGUAAGAUGCUAACAUUCAGACCACAGGAGGUUGGUGGCACCUAAAUUGGGGAGAACGGGCUUGUGGUAAUGAAUGGAGCGGUAUGAGUGGAAUGGUGUCAAAUACAUCAAAACACAUGGUUUCCAGGUGUUUGAUGCCAUUCCAUUCGCUCCGUUCUGACCAUUAUUAUGAGCCAUUCUCCCCUCAGCAGUUUCCUGUGAUUCAGAGGACAGGCGCUAGUAAUGUGUGUGAACACUAUUGUUCUGUUUAAGGGCUAUGCAUUUGGGAAGUCUGGGGAGCUGCUGACCCGCAGGCUAAGGAAGGUGGGCUUCCAGGCCAUGUUGAAACAGGAGGUAGGCUGGUUUGAUGACCCCAGGAACAGCCCAGGAGCUCUCACCACCAGGCUGGCCACCGAUGCCUCCAUGGUUCAGGGGGUAAGUGUCAGGGACACAUACUGUGGACCGGUACAUUGGAACCCAUUAGAAUUAUUUAUAACAAAUUAUGAGUUGAUCCAAAGAGGUUGUUUUUGAAAUAUUUCCUUCUGCCUCAUACUGUAUAUAUUUCUGUUUAUGUAAUGAGCUUUGAGAAUUAAUACUAGUUUCUCUGCAGGCAACUGGAUCGCAGAUUGGGAUGAUUGUGAACUCCUUGACCAACAUCGGAGCGUCUUUCAUCAUUGCAUUCUCCUUCAGCUGGAAGUUAAGCUUGGUAGUGAUUUGCUUUUUACCACUCAUUGGCUUGUCUGGGGUCUUCCAAGUCAAAAUGCUGACAGGUUUCGCAAACGAGGAUAAGAAGGCAAUGGAAGCAGCAGGACAGGUGAGUUAAACACCCCAUUAUCGGUAAGAGAAUUCAAUAAAGGUCCCUAAAUGGGUUGUUAAAACAUUUCUGUAAAAUGAAAUAACCUCGUAGGAGGCACUGGUCCAGAGUGUUAUUCACUCUAGUGAUUUAGAGACUUGACAAUCUGCCUUCUCUCCCACAGGUGUCCAGCGAGGCUCUAGCCAACAUCAGGACCAUCGCAGGGCUGUGCAAGGAGAGCACAUUUGUGGAUACGUAUGAACAGCAGCUGGAGGCUCCCUAUAUGUCUGCCAAGAAGAAGGCAAACAUCUAUGGCAUCUGUUUUGCCUUUGCUCAGUGUGUUAUCUUUAUGGCGUACGCCGCCUCGUUUAGAUAUGGAGGCUUUCUUGUCAGCUCUGAAAGAUUACAUUACCUGGUGGUCUUCAGGUAAAUUUGUUUGUUUUGCUGAAUAGGUCAACAUGUUUACUGUACAUUUUCAAAAACAUAUCCAUUUUGCUGUAAACUGUUCUAAAAGCUUACUGUAUUAUCAAACUAAUGCCAAUGUGUUGUGUGUUUCCCCAGAGUGAUCUCUGCCAUUGUGAUCAGUGGGACAGCACUGGGAAAAGCUUCCUCAUUCGCCCCAGAUUAUGCCAAAGCCAAGACUGCAGCUGCCCAGUUCUUCAAACUGUUGGACCGAGUCCCCAAAAUCAGCAUGAGUCAGACAGAUGGGGAGAAAUGGGUGAGAGAAACAUGUCAAACUCUUUCCAUAAAAAAGUAUAUUUAUUCAAUCAGACAUUUUCAGUAAAAGUGGAAAAUGAUUAUUAUUCACAUUGACAUCAAAAACUUUGGUGUGUAAUAAUGCCAUGCCCUCUCUCCAGGAUGAUUUCAAAGGGGAGUUAGAAUUCAUCAACUGCAAGUUCACAUACCCAACCCGGCCUGACAUCCAGGUGCUAAAUGGACUACUGGUGUCUGUGAAACCGGGCCAGACCCUGGCCUUUGUGGGCUGUAGUGGCUGUGGGAAGAGCACUAGUGUGCAGCUGUUGGAGAGGUUCUAUGAUCCAGAUGAGGGCAGAGUGGUGAGUCCCCAGACCAGACCCAACCUAAUUUACAUUACCUUUACCUCAGUGGGGGCUGCUGAGGGGAGGAUGGCAUAUAACAAUGGCUGGAACGGAGCAAAUGGAAUGGCAUAAAAAAAAAUGGAAUCCAUGUGUUUGAUGUAUUUGAUACCAUUCCACCGAUUCCGCUCCAGCCGUUACCACAAGCCCGUCCUCCCCAAUUAAGGUGCCACCAACCUCCUGUGCUUUACCUUAUCUUCCAUGUACACUGAGUAUACCAAACAUUAGGAACACCUUGAUACACACGGAAACUGUUGAGCGUGAAAAACCCUGCUGGGAUCUUGACACGAACCGGUGCGCCUGGCACCUACUACCAUACCCCGUUCAAAGGCACUUAAAUCUUUUGUCUUACAUAUUCACCCUCUGAAUGGCACAAAUACACAAUCCAUGUCUCAAUUGUGUCAAGGCUUAAAAAUCCUUCUUUAACCUGUCUCCUUCCAUUCAUCUACACUGAUUGAAGUGGAUUUAACAAGUGACAUAGCUUUCACCUGGAUUCAUCUGGUCAGCCUAUGUCAUGGAAAGAGCAGGUGCUCUUAAUGUUUUGUACACUCAGUGUAGAUGGAAUCAGAGGUACAAUUCAUCAAGUGUACCCACAGUGCCUGUCAUAGUCUAUUACUAUUAUUUGUAUUUACAAUAAACACUUCCUUAUUCCCAUUUCAGUUGAUCGAUGGCCGUCCAUCACACACUGUCAACGUGCCCUUCCUGAGGGCUCAGAUUGGCAUUGUCUCCCAAGAGCCAGUGCUGUUUGACUGCAGUAUUGCUGAAAACAUCCAGUAUGGUGAUAACACCAGGAACAUGAGCAUGGAGGAGAUUGUUGAUGCUGCAAAGAAAGCUUAUCUCCAUGACUUUGUGAUGACUCUGCCAGAUGUGAGUAGUGGAACAAAAAUUGUACUAUCUUUGUAAUACUUCUAUGUCAUACUAUCCCACUUCCCUUAAUACAGUGAAGAAUGUAAAAAAAUAAACAUGUUAUUGUGGUGGAAUAUGAAAUUAUCUUCUGAUACUGUUCUCUUCAUAAUGUAAGUAGCGUACUAGACAUUCCUGUGUUAUCUUUGACUCUGGCAGAAAUAUGAGACUCAGGUUGGUGCCCAGGGCUCCCAGCUCUCCAGAGGGCAAAAACAACGCAUCGCCAUCGCUCGGGCAAUAGUCAGAAACCCUAAGAUCCUGCUUCUGGAUGAGGCCACCUCUGCAUUGGACACAGAGAGUGAAAAGGUACCCACAGACCAGACCAAUGUACACUGAACCAAAAUAUAAACGCAACUUGCAACAAUUUCCAAGGUUUUAUUGAGUUAGAGUUCAUAUAAGGAAAUCAGUCAAUUGAAAUAAAUUAAUUAGGCCCUAAUGUAUGGAUAUCACAUGACUGGGAAUACAGAUAUGCAUCUGUUGGUCACAGAUGCCUUAAAAAAAAGGUAGGGGCAUGGAUGAGAAAACCAGUCAGUAUCUGGUGUGACCACCAUUGGCCUCAUGCAGCGCGACACAUCUCCUUUCGCAUAUAGUUGAUCAGGCUGUUGAUUGUGGCCUGUGGAAUGUUGUCCCACUCCUCUCCAAUGGCUGUGCAAAGUUGUUGGAUAUUGGUGGGAACUGGAGCACGCUGUCGUACACGUCGAUCUAGAGCAUCCCAAACAUGCUCAAUGGGUGACAUGUCUGGUGAGUAUGCAGGCCAUGGAUGAACUGGGCCAUUUUCAGCUUCCAGGAAUUAUGUACAGAUCCUUGCGACAUGGGGCCGUGCAUUAUCAUGCUGAAACAUGAGGUGAUGGCGGUGGAUGAAUGGCACGACAAUGGGUCUCAGGAUCUCGUCACGGUAUCUCUGUGCAUUCAAAUUGAUAAAAUGCAAUUGUGUUCAUUGACCGUUGCUUAUGCCUGCCCAUACCAUAACCCGCCACCAUGGGGCCCUCUGUUCACAACGUUGACAUCAGCAAACCGCUCGCCCACACGAUGCCAGCGAAGGUGAGCAUUUGCCCACUGAAGUCGGUUACGACGCCGAAUACAGUCAGGUAAAGACCCUGGUGAGGAUGACGAGCGUGCAGAUGAAAUUCCCUGAGAACCCACAAUUUCAUCAGUGGUCCGGGUGGCUGGUCUCAGACAAUUCCGCAGGUGAAGAAGCCGGAUAUGGAGGUCCUGUGCUGGCGUGGUUACACGUGGUCUGCGGUUGUGAGGCCGGUUUAUGGUAGAUAAAUGAACAUUCAAUUAUCUGGCAACAGCUCUGGUGGACCUUCCUGCAGUCAGUAUGGCAAUUGCACGCUCCCUCAACUUGAGACAUCUGUGUCAUUGGGUUGUGUAACAGAACUGCACAUUUUAGAGUGGCCCUUUAUUGUCCCCAGCACAAGGUGCACCUGUGUAAUGAUCCUGCUGUUUAAUCAGCUUCUUGAUAUGCCACACCUGUAAGGUGGAUGGAUUAUCUUGGCAAAGGAGAAAUGCUGACUAACAGAGAUGUAAAUUAAUUUGUGCACAAAAUUUGAGAGAAGUUUGCUUUUUGUGCCUAUGGAAGAUUUCUGUGAUCUUUUAUUUCAGCUCAAGAAACAUGGGACCAACACUUUACAUGUUGUAUUUAUAUUUUUGUUCAGUAAAUAUUAACACCUCUUGAUUAUCCUUUCUAUCAGAUUAAUCACUCUAUCCACAGCUUAAUGAUGCAUUUGCUUAGAUACUAUUUUCUUAGCAUGCCAUGUACUGUAUUACAUGAGAGAGAAUAUAGAAUGUCCUUAUGAUGAAAACAAACAGACUCAACUGAACUUAUUUCUGACAUUGUGUUUUCCCACUACAGACAGUGCAGGCUGCUUUGGAUGAGGCCAGACGUGGACGCACCUGCAUUGUCGUAGCCCACAGACUGUCCACCAUCCAGACGGCAGAUAUCAUAGCCGUCAUGUCCCAAGGUGCUGUCAUAGAAAGGGGGACACAUGAGGAACUCAUGGCUAAGAGGGCUGCCUACUACAAACUAGUCACAACAGGGGCUCCGAUCAGCUAAACCUGAGUAGGUGUCAUUUUUCUAUAGAGGGGAUGCAUUAUGAGGAGAUGGAGUUUGUCACUAACCAAAGUACAUAAAUGUGACGUUUUAGUGAGAGUAACUAUGGAAAAAAACAUCAAAGUCCAUGGGGGGAAAGGCUUUCUUUGCUUGAUAUACUCUUCAUUUACCUAAUGUCUCUUGAGUUUUUUUAUAUGAUAUUAUACACUGAGUGUACAAAAC